GUUGGUUUCAGUUGGAGUCCAAUGUUUGAUCGAUCGAAGGGAGUGGGAAGUUCGGGAGUCGGGACCACUGGGGGACCACUGAAGUGUGAGUCUUGGCAAUAUUGGCAAGGUCCCAUUAGCCACUGGGGUGGCGCCCCAUUCUUUGGGCCGAAUGCAGUGCACAUGGCAAGCUGAAGCCGAGGACUACCGUCUGGGGGACCCAUUUUCAACUUUCUUAAUUCCCAACCUCCAUCACGUCCAUUGACUUGGACGCGAACAACAACUGCUGCUGCCCGGUGCAUGCCGUUCGUUUCAUUGCAUUAGCUCUUGUUUCUGUAUACAUCUUGUAUCCCUUUACGAGUCCUACGACCACGACCUCCACGACGAAAGAUCCUCAAAUCUUGGAUGCGACCUGCGGGCUGUCACUCCCCUCCCGACCCGGCGAGGGCUCACCCCAUAAGUCAAAAUGACCGAGAAUAGGCGUGUGGCCAAGGACAUUAUGUCCGGUCUGCUACUAGCUGCAACCACAAUAUCCGUAUACUUCAUCUUUCGUGACUACGUCGCUCCCCACGUCGCAAAGCUCAUCGAUCCCGACCGUGCCAAGCACGACCAAAACCUUCUAAAAGCUCAACAGAACCUGGCCAGGGUAAAAAAGUCGCGAGACGAAUCGAAGAUUGCCAGCGACGAGUUCGCCGACGAUGAGGUCGCCGAAGAUUCGCCCUCCGCCGUGCGGGUCGAGGACCUCGUCCUCAACGAGUACGAGAGCCAGGUAGCCCUGGAGGUAGUUGCGCCCCAAGACAUCCCGGUUGGCUUCGACGAUAUUGGCGGUCUGGACGAGAUUAUCGAGGAAGUCAAGGAAGCUAUUAUCUACCCACUCACGAUGCCGCAACUCUAUUCGCAUGGCGGCACACUACUGUCCGCGCCGUCGGGCGUGCUUCUCUACGGCCCUCCCGGUUGCGGAAAGACCAUGUUGGCCAAGGCUGUAGCGCACGAGAGCGGCGCCUCGUUUAUCAACCUGCAUAUCUCGACUCUUACGGAAAAGUGGUACGGCGACUCCAACAAGCUUGUUCGCGCAGUGUUCUCGCUUGCGCUCAAGUUGCAGCCGGCCAUCAUCUUCAUUGACGAGAUCGAUGCCGUUUUGGGAACAAGGAGAAGCGGAGAGCAUGAGGCUAGCGGCAUGGUCAAAGCCGAGUUCAUGACUCUCUGGGACGGUCUUACAUCUACCAACUCGCUCGGUCAGCCCGCUAGGAUCAUGGUUCUCGGCGCAACCAACCGCAUCAACGACAUCGACGACGCCAUUCUCCGCAGAAUGCCCAAGAAGUUCCCCGUCCCGCUCCCGGGCAAGGACCAGCGCCGGCGCAUCCUUGAGCUCGUCCUCGCCGAAACAAAGCGCGACCCCGAAUUCGAUCUGGAAUACAUUGCUCUGGUAACGGAAGGCAUGUCUGGAAGCGAACUCAAAGAGGCCUGCCGUGAUGCGGCCAUGGUUCCCAUGAGGGAGGCUAUCCGGAACCAGAAGGCCGCCGGAAAGUCGAUAAAGAAGCUGGAUCCCAGCACGGUGCGUGGCCUGCGCACAGGGGAUUUCUUUGGUCGCAAGGGAGGCGCGCCCAGUCUGGCGGCGGACAGCCGUCCCAGCUCCGUCAGGCCAGAGGCGGCGAUGAGCGCGAGGGAGAUUUAUGAAGUCGAUACUGAGACCGAGGACAUUUUGUCUUAAUGUGUGGUUGUGGGCGUUACCCCUGAGAAGUGGGAUUGCAAAUGAAACAAAGUGCCAGCCAAGCAGGCAGCAUUCGUGUAGGAUCAAAGGACAGCGAGGAAGCUUUGAAAAGUAUCAUGAGCGUCAUAUGAUUAUUUCAAAAGACUUGUUAAGGGCAUUUGUUAUGACCAGGUAGAGGAAUUGGAACAGUACACACUACAAGACAGGAGGCGGAGGCGCAGUUCAUUGAACCGGAUAGAACUCUCAACUUUGACUGGUAGCCUUGCUUGAUAUCUCGGGCUUAUCUUGGUUUCUGGAAGUCUCAUGGAACAUUCAAAUCGGUCCUACCCGCGUGUGACCCAGAUACCAAUAUCCGAGUCCGACCUCUCCAGGCAGAAUCGCGAUUCGAAACUGUAAAAGUUCACCGAGGAAGUCCUGUCCGAAGCCCUUUCGAGUCCUAUCUAUACUCGUCGGUUAGGUGCACGCACUGGCCACAGCCAUGUGGGGCC